AUGUUUCGGGUCCGACGUGGGAUCCGAUCGGAUCCGAGACCGUCGGAAUCCAAUGCGAUUCCGUCACCAGGAUUUCAUCGGAUCCGUCGAAUUCCUAUUUAUUCCGACUUAAUUGAACAUUGUAACGAACAAAAUAAUGCCGGCCUUUUUCUUCCCAAAAAGAAAUAUCAAAAUUCAUCAGAUGUUUGUAAGACGGCCCUUAGUCUCGGUCAAAGAUAUAUUUUUCCUCGUGUUCGUAAAUGUGAAGCCUUAAACUACAUGGGAACGGUAAACGAAGCAAAACGGUCAUUAAAAAGUCACACGAUAUCAUAG